GCGCGCUCUGUGACAGAACGAAAAUUCGGUCGGCGCGCCGCCGACGAGCAGCAACUCGGUUUUCGCGCAUCUUCGGGGUCUCCGUGCGCGGCUUAUCCAAUCCACAUUCGUUACUAUCGCGCUGAGAAAGUGCGUCGACAAGAGUGACGGUGCUGUCAAAAUGAAAAAAUAUACUUCCGUACGCGCGCUCUGUUUCGUGAUGAGAAAACUCACUAAAUCUUGACUGAUAACGGAUUCGUUGCAUUUUUUUAAAAACACGCGUAUCGGGGGACACGAACGCGGGGAUUCGUGCACACGUCGAUGCAUCAAGCCGAUCUCGCGACGGAUUUUUAUCUCGUCGGGCCACUCACCUCGAUUUCUAGGAUGACUCGGGUCGAGCAACCUCGACGCGCUUGUACAGCUCGGGGCGACGUCACGUCACGCGUCGAGGAGAUCCGCCAAUAAAUAAACAAAGGCGAUAAUGAGGAGCGUUGCGAUACAAUGAUUCGCACAAAAAUGUAGCGCCUCGCGUAUCGCCUCGCGACGAAAAUUCGACGAUUUACGCAUCAGCUUUUGACAAUAUUUUAAACGAGGCUCGCGCAUCAACGUUACGGCAAUUCCAAUGAUCCCGCGAUUAUUCAAUCCUCAAAUCCAACAGUUUUCCGGGUUACCGUUCGCACACCGAAGCUUCGUACGUGUGUACGCGUCUUUUCAUUCUUAUUCGUACCCGAGUGCGAGCCUCCUUUUUACCGUUGUUUUCUUAGAGCCCCGUGAAACUACGCAAUACAGACGAAAGUGUGUUGAGUUUUCAUAUUUGUUUGCGCUGUGACGCUCCCGCGCGCACGAACGGACCGUCGCUCUGACUUGUUUACUAUUUUGUUUUCCUCGAAAAUUAAUUGCCCCGCGCUGCGGUGCGACGUAUUCUACGAAUUUUUUCACCGCUUCACUAAAAUCGAGCGUUAUUCGCCUCCGUCCAAAUUCCCGUUUAUUUUACAUUCCAAUUCACCUUUAUUCCGAGCGAUGCUCCUCCCUUUCACGGAAUAUAUUCAACAAUUCCAUUUUUCCGCGUUCCCACUCCCUUCUGCGCGUUUCAUUUACUCUGCCAAUUUAUCAAACCGCGAUAAAUAGCGCUCGGACAAAAAUAUAAAGAAAUAAUGAAUUUCUCAGGAUAUUCGAACGUCUCUUGAAACAGAGAAAUGGACGCGCAAGGGGGGCCCAGGGAAUUUCAGAUGGCUAGGCGAGCCGGUUUCGUAACGGUAUAUUGAUCGGUGCCCGCGGUCUAUCCGAGUGAAUUAUCCAUAUUAAAUCCGUCUUUAAAUUCUAUUUGAUGCUUUCUUUAUCGUUUCGAGUAGUAAUUUCUACAGUCGAUCGUCUUCUCUUCUCAUUAGCCUCGUGCGUGUGGGACUCGCGCCGAGAAGGGGCAAAAAGCUGUUGGGAAUUCGAGGGAGCGAGAUAACCACCGGAAUAAUAAAAGCAGCUGAAUCGAGUGAACUUUCGCUGUACAUUUGGGAGAACAUGAAUGAGAGGGGAAGCGAGCGAGCGAGCGAGCGAGCGCGCGAAUGAAAGAAAAAAGCGGAGGACGAUCGUCGCGGCUAUGCGCUGCUUACAAUCGUCUCGGCUUAUCGAGUUUUGCGAGUCAAGUUCAACGCCGUCGGGGAUCAAGGUCGUCAAAUAAUUCGCUAAAUCGUAUAUAAUAUUCAAUAAUCUCCCGUUAUCGGUUCAAACAUUUUUCAUCAGCGAGGCUUUUGUCGCGUUCGCUUUGUCACUCGGUGUCGUCACAUGCGAGCGUGGAAUAAAUUCGUCGAUGCACUUCCGUUGUCGCUCUUCGUUCAUCGCCGUUUCGCAAUCCGAUAUCCCUGCGCGUUCGAUCUCUCGAUCACAACAAUUCACGCCGGAGUCGAGCAUUUUUUAAAACCUUUCUCAAUUAGAUCGAAAGAGCGCGGAUUAUAAGUUUUUUAUUUGCGGUAUCGAUUUCGCCGCGAACGAAGAUUAUUGACUUUCCUCGCGAUAGAAAAAAACGCCUAAAUCCGUCGCGGCGAGCGCGCACGCGUAUUACGCAAAACUCAGCACCAACGAAAAGUAGGGUAAUUAGAUUGGCGAGUGCGCGAGAUUCUCCGCUGGACCGAGAAGUAAAACAGCGAGCAAUUGUCCACUUCGCUUGAGGAAUUCUCCAAGUUUCCCGUCAACGAGAACGAAGAAAGAUCGCAAACGAAUGAAGGAAUAUUCGCAGCCGGAAACGGCGGAGAACAAAAUGCUCCUUAAAUUUCUACGAAACGCGCUUAUUCGAGAGUAUAACUUCUUCUCCCGAAAUACAAAGUUCGUGUACACAUUCAACAAAGAUACGGUUAUUAUCAGUAUCGAAUAGAGAGAGAGAGAGUAUGAAUUCGCUCUUUGGAAGCUCCGGAGGUCAGAGCCGAGCGUACCGAGUCCCGAAAAGUAGCAAUCGAGUCCCGAAAAAUUGUCCGAGAUUAAUUCCAAUUAGAAACGAGAAAUAAUCAGCUGAGAGAGCUAAUGAAAACGGUGGGACCGGGCGGAGCGGGCGAUCGGGGAAAGGUCAGCGACCGCGGGCGUUCCUCAUGCGACUUCGUUACGAUAUUUAUGUACGUGAAAUUAUAAUGCCGCCUCGCUCUCGCCACGAUAUUCGGUAAUAGUACUUUUGAUCUUUCUCUCCGGCUCGGUGAUAAAAAACAAGCCCGAAAAUCACCUCGUUUUAUCCGUCACCGUGUGUUAUAAAGCGUUGUGGCUUUCGUACAACUGAAAAACGAAGCACGUGAACUUGUAUCGUUAGGAUCGUGAGAUUAGACCGAGGAACAUUCACGUAAGCUCGUCACCACCGGGCAUUAUCGCCAGAUUAUGCGAGAUUAGCGUUGAAAGAGCCUACGAAUUUGCAUUAAUUGGCGAAUUCGGAUUCGGCCUCCGCGUGCUGCUGCCCGUACGCGCCGAGAUGCGUCCAACACAUUUUACGUUCGUAUAUCUAAAUGUGCGAGCGCGCGCGUGUACAAAAACGAAUAUCGGAAUCCUCGGAUCGUAUCGGUGUCCUCUUGACACCAGCCAAAAAUCCUUUCGCUCGCUUUCUCGCUCCUUCUCCUCUUCCUCCUUCUCUCUCUCUUCCCCCCACGUGACAUAUUUUGCCCGGUAACGAAUCUUUUCAUUCAUCGUCAACGCGACUCGCUAGCGAUUCGCUAUUUCUAAAUACGACGACGUUUUUGCUAAAUUAUCAGCGCGGAGUUUUAUGACGGGGUUGCCCAAUCGUUUCGAUGGAAAUUGCUAUUACACCGCGAUCGAUAUAAAUGAAUAAAAAACGUUGAAAAAAGGCUUACGAAUUCGCUUGGAAAAGUCCGUCGAACGUCGGUAGAUUUCUGGAAGUUUUUACGCCUCGAUGGAAUCGGUGGGAUCGGGUUAUUUCUUGUCAAAUCGCUCAUCGCCGUCCGAUCGUUCCGUUUAUAUAAUAUUCGUUUACCUCGAAUUCGGCGACGUCCUGGCUAUUUAUUUCAUUUUUUAGCCUAUAAUUUUUUCUUCAAAGCGCGUCUCUCGUUGAGCUCCCGCGUCGUCCAAGGACCCGGUAAAAAGUCGCUACCAGUCCGCUCAGGAUGUGCCCGGCCCGUUCGCUCUUCCGAUCCUUGGCACGAGAUGGAUCUUCUCCUGGUUCGGAUAUUAUCAGAUGAACAAGAUUCACGAUGCUUACAAAGAGUAGACCUGAACCAGCGCUACGGGCCACUGUGCAAGGAGGAAGCCCUGUGGAACUGGCCGGUUAUCUCGGUAUUCUCGAGGGAAGACAUCGAGGCUGUACUUAGACGAGGCUCGCGAUAUCCGCUUCGUCCGCCGCAGGAAAUCAUAUCGCAAUAUCGUCAGACUCGCCGGGAUCGUUACACGAACCUUGGUCUCGUAAACGAACAGGGUGAGACGUGGCAAAAACUGCGCGCCGCUCUGACACCCGAACUGAUGGGUGCGAAUACCGUGCUCGGAUUCUUUCCCGCUCUCAAUCAAGUAUCCGACGACUUCAUCAACCUGAUUCGAGUUCGAAGAUCCGGCGAUGACGUGACGGGAUUCGAGGAAAUUGCUUACAGAAUGGGUCUCGAGAGCACGUGCACGCUGAUACUCGGUCGACACCUGGGCUUUCUCAAACCGCAUUCCGCGACAUCGCUCACAACGAGACUCGCGGAAGCUGUCAGAAUUCACUUCACAGCUUCGCGCGACGCUUUCUACGGUCUUCCACUUUGGAAAAUUUUACCAACGCUCGCUUACAGACAGCUCAUCGAGAGCGAGGACGCCAUUUACAACAUAAUAUCAGAGCUGUUGGAGACGACGAUAAACGAGCAGAAGGAAGACGCGAGGGACGAGCGUGUCGAAGCGGUGUUUCAAUCAAUAUUGAGGGAAAAAAAUUUGGACAUGCGAGACAAAAAAGCGGCAAUUAUUGAUUUCAUUGCAGCCGGUAUACACACGUUGGGUAACACUCUGGUUUUUCUUUUCUACCUCAUCGGAAGAAACAGCGAAGUUCAAAAGCGCCUUUAUGAAGAAACGGCGACGUUAGCACCACCCGGUUGCGAUAUUGCCGCUGAAGAUUUACGAAACGCGAAAUAUCUCCGUGCUUGCAUCACCGAAGCAUUCAGGGUCAUACCAACGGUACCGUGUAUCGCAAGAAUUUUGGACGAGUCGAUCGAGCUCUCGGGACACAACCUUGAUGCCGGGACCGUCGUUCUUUUGCACACUUGGAUCGCAGGUUUGGAGAACGAAAAUUUUAAAGAUGCCUCGCAAUGGAUACCAGAAAGAUGGUUGAAGCCAAUGGCGCCUCAUUCACCACUGCUCGUUGCACCGUUCGGUUUCGGAAGACGAAUAUGUCCUGGAAAGCGGUUCGUAGAGCAGGCGUUACAGCUCAUAGUAGCAAAGGUUGUACGAGAAUUUGAGAUUGUUUCAGAGGAAGAAAUAAAUCUGCAGUUCGAGUACAUAAUCGCGCCGAAGGGGCCGGUAUCGUUAACGUUUCGCGAUCGCGCCGAAACGGUGUAAGAGCUGGAAAAAAAAAGAAAAAAAAAACAAAAGGCAUAUCAGUAAAAAGAAGAAUGCAUUCCAUCGAGUUACCUCUAGGAAAUUUUUUUUUGUUUUUAACUUCUCGUCUGAAUAUCGAAGUUAAAUCUCAUACGAGUAAUUUGCGAUAGCGAUGUUCUUCGAGUUCUUCCAUGUCUCUUUUUACAUUUUUUUCUCUCAAUUGUUAUUUUUCUUUAUUUCUACCGGGCCAAAAUCGCAUCUAUUUCGUCCGAUGUUCACGGUCGAAGAAAAAAUAAUAAUUGGAACUUGUCGAGCGUUCCUAGUAAAUCACUUUAUUAAUUUUUCCUCGACCGUGUACUCAAGCCUUAACGAAACAAGCAAAAAAGAUGAAAAAAAAGCAAACACCACGAAAAACAAAAGCAUAUUUUAAGUAUUGUAUUAUUUAUGUUUUUAUUCGUUGAAAGGCACUUUCGAGUCCAUUGAAGGUAUUUAUUGUUACUUUCCACUGUUAUAGUAUUUAUAUUUAAUUUUCCUUCGGUAUAUCGUGUAACGUCUGUCUCUCAAUUAUGACUAAAAAGGAAAGAAAAUAGGGGAAAAAAGUAAGGAAGGAUGAUAAAGAGCCUGACUCAGUCGGAUGCGUCGUCGCAGCAUUCUCGUCUUGUAAAUAUUUCGCACAAUAAUUAAGCGGCAGACGAUAAACGGUAUAAUAGGUACGAUUUAGUCAAUUUAUCAAUGACUACGAACUCUUUAGUUUUAGUUAUAAUUAUGAUCAUUAAUAUUAAUAUCAUUGUUUAUAAUGUUAAAAUUAGAAUCACUCCGCGUCGAUAGUUGAAAUGGGGGGGAUUUUCUUAGUGGGAUUCAUAUAUAAUUGACCUAAAUAUGUGCGUGUUACGUUUUUUGCUCAAAAGUUUAAAGACUGAGAUAAAUUUUUUCCUUUUUUUCGUUCUUAUAUUUUUUUUCUUUUUUUGUAAAUGAAUCGUCCCGUAAGUUUAAUAUAUAUCCGUAUCCACUGAGCGAUUUAUUAUAUUAUCACAUUGUUUUUCUGCUUAGUGGCAGUGAUAUAUACAGCCAAACGAUUAUUAAACGUCGUCACGUCGUGCAUCGGAUCAUACAAACCGUCCAAUGCGUUAUACGUAUCAAACAAAUAUAUAUGGUACAUUUCUAUCAUAGAAACCAUGUAAAUAUACGUAAUUAAUGAAACAAAUAGGAACAAAGAAUCAAGCGAAUUGUACAUACGUUUAUUUGUAUAAAAUAAAGGGUAUAUUGAAACGUU